AUGGACAUAAAUGAAAAGAAUUUGUGGGAAUUACUAGUCAAUAAGAAUGGUUAUACUGUCCAUGUUAUGAAAAACCCAGAAAAUGGAGCCAAAAUCAAUAGAACUUAGGCUUUCAUUAAUAAAUAGCCAGAGUUUAUAGCUUAAUACGUUUCUGAUUUAGAAAAAAGAAAAUAAACAGAUGCAAGAAUAGAAUAUGCUAGUGUGCUUGAAGAAAUUGAUAAGGAUUCCAAACUAUUAUAUAUCAGAAUGAAACCACCUAUUCCUUUCAUGAGUAGUAGAGAUUUGGUGUUAAAAUGGAAUGAUAAUUGUAUGCUAUCUGUCAUUCAUUAGAAAUAACCUCCUAUUCAUAAUGUGGAAAGGGCAGAAAUGUAUUUGUUUGGAUGGAUUCUUACUCCUUAACAGAAUGGAUCCACAAAAGUUGUCCUGAUCCAGUGUUUCGAUAUGAAGGGAUAAAUGCCAUAACAAUUGGGAAAUCAAUUUACCUAAUAACAAACAGAUUUAAUGUUGGCUGUUAUUCAGAAUUUAUCAAUAUGAUGAAAUGACAGUCAAGAUGUUAUUUUAUUAAUCAAUAUUUAAAUUGGAGAUAA